AUGCGGGGACUCUUUCGACCGCUGUCAUUCGUAUGGCCUCGCUUUCCUUCAGCUUUACGAUCCCGGCGUGGCCUCUUGACGCAGGCACGAGUAAGCGGUCCUCUCGAUCCUCCACUUCUUGAAGAAACCAUCGGCGAGAACUUUUCCCGUAUUGUCUCUGCGCAUGGCGAUCGCCCUGCCGUGAUCUCUAGACACCAGAAAAAGCGUCUCACCUACAAUCAACUCGACCUCGACAGCAAUGUCCUGGCUCGGGGACUACAAAGCCUGGGUGUCAAGAAGGGCGAUCGUGUCUGUGUGUCUUUGGGAAACAAUCUUGAAUUUGCUACCAUUACAUAUGCCCUAUUCAAGCUUGGGGCCAUAUUGGUCCCUCUGAAUCCUGCAUUUACUGCUACUCAGGUAGUUUCGGCUUUCAAUCACUUAUCGGCCACCCACCUGGUCGUUGGGACGGAAACCAAUCUCCCGUACAAACCACCUCGACCGAAUGUGCCACUUCUCCAGUCCAUAGUCCGAGAUCUCUCGAAUCCGACUCUUGCUUCGGAGACGAUCCCAUCUCUCAAGAACGUCAUCCUGGUUGAUAACUCCUCAGGUCGCAUAGAUCCAGCCCCCUUUCGCGCGACUACACCAUGGUCUUCGAUCUCUCAAGAUUCGAACAAUCGUCCUCUUACGCCUUCUUCCCCUCUGUCAACUGAUGACGUGGUCAAUAUUCAAUUCACGUCAGGAACCACGUCCACGCCCAAGGCUGCUUGUCUAUCACAUCGAUCCAUUCUCAAUAACGGCAAUCAGAUCGGCGAUCGUAUGCUUCUGACUUCGGAGGAUGUUGUAUGCUGCCCACCACCCCUCUUCCACUGUUUCGGUUGCAUUCUCGGGUAUAUGGCGACUGCUACUCAUGGAUCGGCAAUUCUCUUUCCUGCUGAAGCUUUUGACCCGAGGGCUUCCUUGAAAGCUGUACAAGAAGAAAAGGCCACUGCGCUCUAUGGAGUUCCCACCAUGUUCUUGGCCGAACUCGAGCUCAUUGAUGACGGAGAGAUAGCCUAUCAAGGCUUUCAGUAUCUACGCACUGGUAUUGCGGCCGGUUCAUCCGUCCCAGCAGAACUGAUGCGGAAACUGCACAGGACCCUAAAUUUGACCGAGCUGACCAUAUGUUACGGAAUGACGGAAACUUCUCCUGUUUCAGCAAUGACGACGACCGACGACCCCAUAGAGAAGCGCAUUAAUACGGUCGGUCGACUCCUUCCACAUGUGGAAGCCAAGGUCGUGGACCCUUUCAACCACGAUAAGAUUCUGAACGUGGGAGAAAGGGGUGAACUUGCGGUCCAUGGAUAUUUGGUCAUGAAGGAAUAUUGGGGACAACCCGAGAAGACAGCAGAGGUGAUGAAAGCCGAUGAAGAUGGCAAGGUCUGGAUGCACACGGGAGAUGAAGCCUCGAUAGACGCCGACGGAUAUGUGAGUAUUACCGGUCGAAUCAAAGAUUUGAUCAUUCGUGGCGGCGAGAACAUCCAUCCCCUCGAGAUUGAGAAUUGUCUCUUCGCACAUCCCAAGAUUGCCGAGGUCAGCGUAGUUGGCCUUCCUGAUGAGAGAUAUGGCGAGGUGGUGGCUGCAUUUGUUAUCCGAAAGCACCAUUUGCCACCAGGUGAAAAGGAUAUCACAGUUGAAGAGGUGAGGAAUUGGGUCAAGGAACGUAUGAGCCAUCAUUUGGUGCCGAAAUACGUCUUCUUUGUCUCCGAAUAUCCCAAGACGGCAAGCGGAAAGAUUCGUAAGUGGCCCCCUCAACCUGUUCCCGCUCGACUCAUCGAGCCAGGGUGA